AAACUACAGCGGAUGGACAGUGUGUGAGUUUUUUGCUCAAGACCCGCCCCCUCUACACCGGAAGUUUGGUUUUGUUGUUACGCUGGAGAAAUGGCUGCCGCGAGUUCACUUCAUUGAAGGAAUUGGAAUAUUUUUGCUUGUUGCACGGAAUGUACAUCCAAUGGGAUUACGAUCCACAGUGGCUUGGAUGGUAAAUUUGCAGAGGUGACAGUGUCGGGGGUAAGGGCUGCAACGUCUCCUGUCACGUAGCAACUGGUGUUGUACAACAAUGCAACAGUGUUUGGAAUAUGCAUUGGACCGGGCCGAGUACAUCGUUGAAAGCGCUCGUCAGCGACCUGCAAAGAGGAGGGCCUCUUCUAGCGGGAGAAAAUCAUUAUAUCAGAAACUCUACGAGUUAUACAUCGAAGAGUGUGAAAAAGAGCCAGAGUUGAAGAAGUUGAGAAGAAAUGUCAAUCUACUUGAGAAGUUGGUUGCACAGGAGUCCAUAUCAUGCCUUGUGAUUAACUUGUACCCUGGGAACGAAGGCUACUCGCUGAUGCUCAGGGGAAAGAAUGGAUCUGAUUCAGAGACGAUUCGGUUACCAUAUGAGGAAGCAGAACUGUUGGAGUACCUUGAUGCUGAGGAGCUACCUCCUGUCCUAGUGGACCUUCUAGAAAAAUCACAGGUGAAUAUAUUCCACUGUGGCUGUGUUAUUGCUGAGGUCCGAGACUACCGGCAGUCAGGGAAUGCCAAGAUUCCUACCUGUCAAACCCAUCACAUCUUACUACGACCCACUAUGCAGACCCUUAUCUGUGAUGUCCAUUCAAUGACGAGUGACCACCACAGAUGGACCCAGGAUGAUAAGCUGCAGCUGGAGUCUCAGCUGAUCUUGGCCACAGCAGAGCCCCUCUGUUUAGACCCCUCCAUCUCUGUCACCUGCACAGCCAACCGCCUUCUCUACAACAAACAGAAGAUGAACACGCGCUCCAUGAAACGGUGUUUCAAGCGGCACUCUCGCGCUGCAUUGAACCGGCAGCUGGAGAUGGCCCACUUCCCCACGCCGCCUCAGCUCCGGCUCUUUGACUACCUGCAGAAGAGGAAGGAAAGGAAACCAGCACCCUCAAUAGACCUCAAGAUCUCCAAGGCUGGAAACGUGAGACAAUGACCUCGAGAUGCACUACUGGUCAAAAGUUUUAGAACACCUCCGUUUGUUUUACAGUUUUAUUGAAAUGUAAGCAGG